GACGUCAGUUCGUUUCGUAGUGGGUGGAGCUUUCGUUUGAGGUGUACACACUACAGUACAGUACACUGCAUUUUUGGACAUUUUCGCAGAAAGACUUAAAGACAUUCAAAGGAACACGCCGCACGUGUACGCGAAAGGUUCUGCCAUCCAGAAUAACGACGUAUAUUUUAAGUCCUUGCUGCCACUCUCUUUUGGCUCAGUUUAUCCAGAAAAACGGGAGAGUCCACCACACGGAACCAGCUUGAGCGGUUUUAGCUCGUAGCUGUCACCGGAAUGGCCGUUUCUCCUGGAUAGAAAACAGUCAUAACUUUGACUUCUUAUCUGUCUGUCUUGGUGGGGGCAUUGUUGCACCAGCCGGCCUCUUCGGAGUCCUCUGUCCUGACGACCUAGACAGGUGUGGAAGUAGACGGAGGGUCCUUAAACGCCUCGCUGGUGGUCAUGUCUCAGAUAAAGAACAACGACGAGUGCGACUCUGUGAUGAACGUCAGUGCUGCAGAGCGCUGUGCAUUUGUCAAGAACACAUCAGACUGUAACAUGCAAGAUGGCUUCAUCAACUAUCUACAAGUGGUCUUCUGUCUGCUUCCACCUGACCUCACCCCCCUCAUCGUCACGUUCUGUGUUAUAUGGUUGCUGUUUUUGUUCGUCAUCCUUGGCCUCACUGCAUCGAAGUUUUUCUGUCCCAACUUGUCAGCCAUCUCCACCAGCCUGCACCUCACCCACAACGUAGCAGGCGUGACCUUUUUGGCUCUUGGUAAUGGCGCCCCAGACGUCUUCAGUGCCAUUGCAGCCUUCUCCCGCCCUCACACGGCUGGCCUGGCUGUUGGAGCAUUAUUCGGAGCUGGCAUAUUUGUCACCACCGUCGUCGCUGGCAGCGUGGCGCUCGUCAAACCUUUCACUGUGGCCUCCCGUCCCUUUUUGCGUGACGUCAUCUUCUACAUGGUGGCGGUGUUCUGGACUUAUCUCAUCCUGUACAGAGGAACCACGACGCUGGGGGAAACACUGGGGUACCUGGGUCUCUAUGUGCUGUAUGUGAUGACGGUAAUCAUCAGUGCAUACAUCUACAGCCGACAAAAACGUCUGAGCAAUGCAAGGAUGGACGGUGUUUCACAUAUUCAAGCGGAGUCGGAGUCGUCUGAUUCGUACGAAAACGAGGUUCCCUGCUUGCUAGCUGCGACGCAACAACCGGAAUACGAGUCGGAAUACAGGCCACUUCUGCAUUACACGGAGUCCACCAAACAGAUCCUGCUGACCUCGCUCAACCCGGUGGACACCAGGAAGUGGAGGAGGGAAUCGUGGAAGUGGAGAGUCGUUAAAGUAUUUAAGACGCCCGUGGAGGUCAUGCUGCUGCUGUGCAUUCCUGUUGUUGAUCUUGAUAAGGAAGACAAGAACUGGAGACGGCCACUCAACUGUCUGCAUUUGAUCACAGCCCCACUCGUGUGUGUGCUCGCCUUCCAGUCUGGACUAUUUGGCGAUUAUUUGAUUGAAGGACAGUUUCCUGUGUGGGUGCUGACUCUUCUCCUUGGACUCUUCCUGUCUGCUAUUGUCUUCUGCAGCACCACGAAUGAGUGCCCCCCGAAAUAUCACCCACUCUUUGCUAUUUUGGGCUUUGUCGUGAGUGCAGUGUUGAUCAGUGCAGCGGCAUCAGAGGUGGUCAGCCUUCUGCACAUGCUCGGAGUGGUGCUCAGCCUUAGUAACACUGUGCUGGGCUUGACUCUUCUGGCCUGGGGCAACAGCAUAGGAGACUGUUUUUCAGACAUCACUAUUGCAAGACAAGGUUACCCAAGGAUGGCCAUCUCAGCCUGCUUUGGAGGCAUCAUUUUCAACAUGCUGUUUGGAGUGGGCUUAGGCUGUCUGGUGCAGAUGAUGAAAACACACUCUGCAGUGCAGCUGGAACCAGAUGGACUGCUGACGUGGGUUCUGGCAGGAUCUCUGGGUGUGUCUUUGGUUCUGUCGUUUGUCGUUGUUCCACUGAGCCGCUUCCACUUGGGUCGGCCCUACGGCAUUUUCCUCCUCAUCUUCUACGCCACCUUCCUCGUGGUUGCUCUGCUCACCGAGUUUGGCUCCAUCUAAGCCGUGCAGGCUCACAUGAGGGAUGCAAAGCGACACACCUCGACAAGUGACUUUGAAGCACUUUUUUUUUUUUUUUUUUUUUACUGCACUUGACGACUGCCGACAAGCUCGCUGGGCUUUUAUUCAUGGAGCUAAGCGGUUUUUGCUCAGGAAAAUUACUGUGACAUCAAUCUUCUGCAUAGCUUUUUAAAUCUGAUGCCAGUUUUAAAUAGGGACAGAAUGAUACAUUAUGACAAUCAAGCUGCUUUGUGAUAAUAAACACCUUUUACAUACUG